ACCUCUACUGAUUGCACGCCACACGUGUUUAUAUUUCUCUUACAAUAAAAUAUAAAUUCCUUGCUUAAAAUGUAUCUUAUGUACACUAUGAACGAAAAUGGCGAACGCGUCUACACUCUGAAGAAACGCACUGAGGAUGGCCGUCCAACAUUGUCGGCACAUCCAGCACGCUUCUCUCCAGAGGACAAGUACUCGCGUCAACGCAUAACCAUUAAGAAGCGCUUUGGACUAUUGCUGACACAGAAGCCAGAGCCCGUCUAUUAAAGCAGAACAUAGGAUUUUAUAAGUUACAUGUGUAUUUACAAAUUACAAGUAAAAAUAUAUAAUAAGUAAA